AUGCGCACUUCUCGUGCUUCCAAGGAAGCCUCCAAGGUCUUCCAGGCACUGUCGCCUCCUGCGCGACGCUCAACGCGGAAUUCCUCGCUCAAUGCGAGUGCAUUGCGUAGUUUUGCUUUUAAUGCAAAUCCCGCGGAGACACAAUCGGUCCCAACAAUCGCUCAUCUUCCUGCUAGAAGCGAUGAUGAAUCCUCCCUUUCGUCCGCUGACACAGCCGACAUCGAAGACCUCCUCGAACCACCUACGAAACGCCGUAAACGCAACGCCAGCACGAAGUCCCUCCCGACGUUGAGUCGCACGCCACGCAAGGUCUUGAAAAAGGAGGACCCGGAUGAAAAGCCUGAGGCGCCAGCCAAGGCUCGUCGCUUGCCAGCGAGAAAAACUCGUGAUGCUCAAGGGGAACUAGUGAUGGAACCCCCGUCUAAUUGGGAGACAAUGUACAACAUCGUGAAGAAGAUGCGAGAGGACAAUCCGACAGCACCAGUGGAUACAAUGGGUUGCGCCGAGUUAUUCUGGCGGCCAUCGUCCCCCAAAGACCGUCGCUUCCAGACGCUCAUUGCAUUGAUGCUUUCCUCCCAAACCAAGGAUACCGUCACAGCAGUGGCGAUGCAACGACUUCACACCGAGCUUGGCGAGCAGGCAGACUGCGUGGAUAUAAUCAAGACUGAAAAUCCGGAAUGCAUCGGCGAUGUUCAGGUCAAGACCGAGGAAGAAGAUAUCAAGAUUCCUGUCAAGGACAGCACGCUCAACCUAAGCAAUAUCCUCGCGGUGUCACCAACAAAGUUGAACGAACUCAUUGAAAAGGUUGGAUUCCACAAUAACAAAACGAAGUACAUCAAGGCCGCCGCUCUGAUCCUCCGGGACAAAUUUGACGGCGAUAUUCCAUCCACCCCAGAAGAACUCAUGAGUCUUCCGGGCGUAGGUCCGAAAAUGGCCUACUUAUGCAUGAGCGCAGCAUGGGGCAAACACCUCGGCAUUGGAGUCGAUGUUCACGUGCAUCGAAUUACCAAUCUAUGGGGCUGGCAUAAGACGAAGACGCCCGAGGAAACUCGUCUGGCCUUGCAGUCAUGGUUGCCGAAGGAAAAGUGGCAUGAGAUUAACAAACUGCUUGUUGGGCUUGGUCAGACGGCUUGUGGGCCUGUCAAAAGGCGAUGUGACGAGUGUUAUCUUGCCGGUACGAAGCUUUGCAAGAGUGAGAUUAGAGGCCUUUCGCCGAUGAAGUCUGAGGCUGAGAUUAGAAGUCUUAUGGAUGAGGAGCCGAAGAUUAAAGUUAAGAUUGAAUCGGUGUGA